UUUGACAAACGACGAGGUGACGAAAGUUAAAAACGAAAUUGUACAAUUUUGUAAACAUAGCUCCAUAUGUGUUAUUUAAUCAGAAUUAGAUCGUCUUAUACUAUCAUACAACUAUCUUAAAACUAAGUAUAUCUAAUUGACACGGUGAAACGAUAGUGCAUAGCAGUUUCGAUUAUACUUCUGAAAAAAAUUCGCGGAUUCUUUAUUAGAUUCAAAAAAAUUUCUGAUUCGUCGUUGUUAAGACAUUAUUUGAAGUAUUUGUAAUGGUCACGAUCGAUUAUUCAUGUCGAAAAUGUCGAAAAUAAAGAAAUUGACGGGGUCAUUUCGAUACACACAAUGGGACCCAUGCCUUAUAAUAUCCCAGAUUUUAGCAACGCAGUUCAUGCUCUACGUUUCCCUUAGUCUUCUGGUCGCGAUUAUGCAGGACCUAACCGGAUCUACGAGGACUUUGGAUCACAUUUUUGAAUAUCAUGAAAUUCAUGUUAAAGAUAAUGAAGGGAGAUCCAUGAUAUUAGCAUUUGUACUGAAUGCCAUUGCUGGUGCAUAUUUAUUAUGGUUGCUGGUAGGACGAACAAAGCUGUGCUUGGAUUUCAGUUGCACAUAUUAUGGAAUCCACCUUAUUGUGUGUUGGUUCUACAAUGGAUUAUUCCCUACGACUUUCUCAUGGUGGGCGUUGAACAUUUCUUGUGCUGCAAUCAUGUGUGUAGCAGGUGAGUUUCUCUGCCUCAGGACAGAGUUACAAGCCAUACCACUCAGUAACAUUGGAGCUAAAGUUGAUUUAUGAGAUAAGAAUGUCAUGUUAAUUAAUGUAAACCAAAUUUGACUCAAUUUCAAUUUUUUUUGUUACUUAGUCAUAGAUGAUUAGAGGUGAAUUGAAUCUGAACUGUGUUAUGACAUAGUAUGUAUCAAUUAUAUAAUAUCCUUUUCUGUUGGUCAGUUUCCACAGAUUGCUUUUAGUUUUUACCACAGAAUAAUUUAUGCCAAUUUAUAUUGUAUAGAACAAAUUUUUAAAAAGCUUUCAAUAACUGAAUUAAGAGUAAUACAUACCUAGAUAUUAGGAUAUUAACUGUUAAAAUUUAUUUUUAUAAGUGUACAGUAAUUCUCUAGUAAUAUUGCCUAAUUUAUGUUGUAAAUAAAACAAUUGACUAUGAA